AAAGCCUGUUUUCUCUAUUUCUCUCUUUCUCCCAGUCGGGCUCUGGGAAAUGGCUUUCAUUUCAUUGUUGUUUGUGAAUGGAUAUAAAAAUAAUGAAAUAAAAAGGGAGAAAGAAAGGGACCUUCGCCUCCUUUGCUUUUUUUCGACUCAACAGCUUGAGAAGCAAAGGUUGAUCUGGUAUUCUAUUCGCCUUCUUCCCUGAAUUUGUUUUUCUUUUUUGGUCUUUUGGGUAAAGAAUUUAUUUGAAUUUCAUUUUUUAUUUUCUUGCUUUUUUUUUUUUAAUUUAUGGCUGUUCUUUUGUACUUUUUCAUCAAAUUCUGCUUUCAUUUUUUUGAUUCAAAUCGAGAAUUUUGACAGAAAAAUCAUCCAUUUCAAUUACUCCUGAAAUUGUUUUGUUUUUGAUCGAAAAAUUUUAAUUUUUGUUUUAUGAAUGUGAUAUUUCCAUUAUCAUUCAUUAAGUGAGAUUUGUUAUUAUUAAUUUCUAUUAUUUGUUAUUUUUUUUGUUUGGAAUUGUUUGCUGUUGUUUGUUAUUCGAUUCAAAUUUUCAAAAGAUUUGUAUGCUUUUUUCUCGCAUUGGUGGAUCUUGUACAAAAUUUAAAUUUCUAAUUUGCGUCAUGGUUCCAUCUUAUUUUGAAUUUGGUGGGAUUCGAUUUUUGUAUUUAUGCUGAGCAUACCUUUGAUAGGAGAGGAAAAUAUCUUUUCUAAUCCUUCGGACAUGUCCAGAUUCCCUGCAUUUUGAUUGCUUAGACUCUGAACAUAGAUUUCUCUGCAACGUAAUUGAUUGCAGUUAGAAUAACGAAUCAAAUUGCCUUUCACUGAAAGAAAAUUGAAAAGUUUUUAAGAGUUCUCCUUAAGGUGGCUAGUGUGAUAAAAUUUAUAGCCUUUUUACGUCAUUCCGUGAAUGGGAUUGAUAAGGUUGGAUUUCAAUGUUGCAAACCAAGAGAGAUGAUUUAGAAGGAUUUGAGAUUAAUAUUUGAUGGGGAAUACAUGUGUUGGACCGAAGUUGGGUGCAGUGUGGCGAGGCCGUGGGACGGAGGAGCUCCCUUGUGUUAAUUUUAAUGGUGACAAGGAAGCAGAGCAAGAAAGUAGCCAUGGGUCGGCUAAAGCUACCACAGCUACAGCUGCCCCUGCACCUGAAGAACCCAAAGCUCCUUUGCCCGUCCAGAGUACACCACCUGAACCAGUUAAGAUUACUGGAGAGGAGCAUGAGCCUCAGCCUGUGGAAUCUGCAAAUCCUGCUAAGCCAGAUCCGAAAGUAGAGGAAACUAAACCAGAAGAUCCCUCAAAGCCAAGGAAACCCCAACAUAUUAAAAGAGUCGCAAGUGCAGGACUUCAGGUAGAUUCUGUGUUACAAAGGAAGACUGAGAAUCUGAAGGAAAAAUACAGUUUAGGGCGGAAGCUUGGACAAGGCCAAUUUGGCACAACCUUUUAUUGUCUCGAAAAAGGAUCUGGGAAAGAAUAUGCAUGCAAAACGAUCGCAAAGAGGAAACUAACAACUGAUGAGGAUGUGGAGGAUGUGAGAAGGGAAAUUCAGAUAAUGCACCACAUGGCGGGCCACCCCAAUGUUAUCUCAAUCAAAGGUGCUUAUGAGGAUGCUGUUGCAGUUCAUGUUGUUAUGGAGUUGUGUGCUGGUGGAGAGCUGUUUGACAGGAUUAUUCAAAGGGGGCAUUACACAGAAAAAAAGGCAGCUGAACUGGCAAGGGUUAUAGUUGGUGUUGUUGAAGCAUGCCAUUCUUUAGGUGUUAUGCAUAGAGACUUGAAGCCUGAGAACUUUCUCUUUGUCAACCAGGGAGAGGAGGCAUCACUCAAAACAAUUGAUUUUGGGUUAUCUGUAUUUUUUAAGCCAGGGCAAACAUUUACUGAUGUGGUUGGGAGUCCUUACUAUGUUGCCCCGGAAGUUUUGAGGAAGCAUUAUGGUCCAGAAUGUGAUGUUUGGAGUGCUGGAGUAAUUAUUUAUAUUUUACUAAGUGGGGUUCCUCCAUUUUGGGAUGAAACGGAACAGGGUAUAUUUGAACAGGUUUUAAGAGGUGAACUUGACUUCAUAUCAGAUCCAUGGCCCAGUGUCUCUGAAAGUGCAAAAGAUUUGGUCAGGAAAAUGCUUGUUCGAGACCCAAAGAAGCGGCUGACUACCCAUCAAAUUCUCUGCCACCCUUGGGUUCGGGUUAAUGGUGUAGCUCCUGAUAAGCCUCUUGAUUCUGCUGUUUUAACUCGCUUGAAACAAUUCUCUGCCAUGAACAAACUCAAGAAAAUAGCAAUCAGAGUCAUUGCUGAAAAGGUGUCUGAAGAGGAAAUUGCUGGCCUGAAGCAAAUGUUUAAGAUGAUAGACACAGAUAAUAGUGGACACAUCACUUUUGAAGAACUCAAGGCUGGUUUGGAAAGAGUGGGUGCUAAUCUCAAGGAGUCUGAAAUUUAUGCAUUAAUGCAAGCUGCUGAUAUUGACAACAGUGGUACCUUAGAUUAUACCGAGUUCUUAGCUGCAACUCUCCAUCUAAAUAAAGUUGAAAGGGAGGAUCAUUUGUAUGCAGCUUUCUCAUACUUCGACAAAGAUGGAAGUGGUUACAUCACUCAAGAUGAGCUCCAACAGGCUUGUGAAGAGCUUGGCAUAGAAGCCACUAACCUUGAAGAAACGAUACGAGAAGUGGAUCAGGACAAUGAUGGGCGCAUAGACUACAGCGAGUUUGUGGCAAUGAUGCAAGAUAAAGGUUUUGACAAGAAAGGAUUUCCAAAUGCCUCAGGCAUUGGGUUUAGGGAAGCCUUAAAGCUUGGCUGAUACAUAGUAGUUGUCAUGUAUUUUCAAACUUCUUUUUUCUCUGUAUUAGCCAUUAGUAGAGUUGGUUGGGGCAAGGUUUUCUUGAGUUGAGUUGCUCUAAGUAGAAUUGGAAGUGCAUAUUAGUUGUAAAAAUCGGCCAUUUUCCAUAGAAAACAAAAAAUCAGGUCUAUUUAGUGUUUGUUGUAUGCACUGACCUUUUUCUUGGUUGGUUGAACUACAUGUUGCAAUAGAUGUACAUUUCCCCC